AUGCCCGCCGAUACUGGCGCAACCGCGACCCUCCACCCUCCCCGCCUGGCCGCCAUGUUUGCGGGAUCCCCCAGUGCGCCGGGAACACCGGUGCACUCUAUUCAGACUAUGCGCCGCAAGGCUGCAGGUCACUCUGGCCCCCUCACAAAGAUUCUUGUCGCCAACCGUGGGGAAAUUGCCAUCCGUGUCUUCCGUACUUCACAUGAACUCGCCAUGCAUACCGUUGCAAUCUACUCCUUCGAGGACCGUCUCUCUGCUCAUCGCCAAAAGGCGAGAACCCUUUGUUCUGCCGAUGAAGCGUACCAAGUCGGCAAAGGUCUUACACCCGUCGCUGCGUACCUCGCUCAAGAUGAUAUAAUCCGUAUUGCCCUCGAGCAUGGCGUGGAUAUGAUUCACCCAGGGUACGGGUUCCUUUCUGAAAAUGCGGAGUUCGCGCGAAAAGUCGAAAUGGCUGGCAUUGCAUUCGUCGGACCUUCCCCAGAGGUCAUCGACCAGCUUGGGGACAAGACAAAGGCCCGUACCGUUGCCCUUAAGGUCGGCGUCCCUGUCGUGCCUGGUACGCCAGGACCAGUUGAUUCUUAUGUUGAAGCGGAUUCUUUCAUCAAAGAGUACGGGUUCCCCGUUAUAAUCAAAGCUGCAAUGGGCGGCGGUGGACGUGGGAUGCGUGUUGUUCGUGAACAGUCCGAUUUCGCGGCAUCGUUCGAACGCGCCGUCUCUGAGGCCAAGUCUGCCUUCGGUGAUGGCACCGUCUUCAUAGAACGCUUCCUUGAGCGUCCGCGUCACAUUGAAGUGCAGCUCCUCGCUGAUGGAGAGGGGAACACGAUACAUCUCUUCGAGCGUGACUGUUCCGUGCAGCGCAGGCAUCAGAAGGUCGUCGAGGUUGCUCCCGCGACGCACUUACCUGAGGAAGUCCGUCAGGCGAUCCUCGCUGAUGCUAUCAAGCUCGCAAAGAGUGUAGGCUACCGCAAUGCGGGUACUGCGGAGUUCUUGGUCGACCAGAUGGGUCGUCACUACUUCAUCGAGAUCAAUCCUCGUAUCCAGGUCGAGCACACUAUUACCGAGGAAAUUACAGGCAUCGACAUCGUUGCCGCCCAGAUUCAGAUCGCUGCAGGUGCAACACUCCCUCAGCUCGGACUCUCCCAGGAGGCGAUCACCAAGCGUGGAUUCGCUAUUCAAUGCCGUGUUACGACUGAGGAUGCUGCGACAGGAUUCCAGCCUGAUACAGGUAAGAUUGAGGUAUACCGCAGCGCUGGAGGCAACGGCGUUCGUCUCGACGCUAGCUCUGGCUUUGCUGGUGCGCAAAUCACUCCUCACUAUGACAGUUUGCUUGUGAAGGUGUCUGUUAGCGGUACGACAUACGAGGUGGCGCGUAGGAAAAUGCUUCGUGCGCUUGUUGAAUUCCGUAUUCGUGGCGUAAAGACCAACAUUCCGUUCCUCUUCCGUCUCCUCACUCACGAUUUCAUUGAUGACACACCUGAGCUUUUCAAGCUCGUCCAGAGCCAGAACCGUGCCCAAAAAUUACUCGCUUAUCUAGGGGAUCUUGCCGUCAACGGCAGUUCGAUCAAAGGCCAGCAAGGCGAACCGGGGCUCAAGGACGAUAUUGUCGUGCCUGUCUUCCAGAACCGCGAUGACCCAGAGGGCCCGCCUCUCGAUGCGUCACUGCCAUGUGAAAAGGGAUGGCGCAACAUCAUCGUCGAACAAGGUCCUGAAGCAUUCGCUCGCGCUGUGCGCGAAUACCCCGGUGUGCUCAUCAUGGACACGACGUGGCGUGAUGCUCAUCAGAGUCUGCUUGCAACACGUCUCCGUACUAUCGACAUCGCCAACAUCGCGAAGGAGACCAGUUAUGCGCUCUCGAACGCGUUCAGUUUGGAGUGUUGGGGUGGUGCGACGUUCGAUGUGGCCAUGCGCUUCUUGUACGAGGACCCAUGGGAGCGUCUGCGCGCACUGCGUAAGCUCGUUCCGAAUAUCCCUCUGCAGGCUCUCGUGCGUGGUGCAAACGGUGUCGGUUACACUAGCUAUCCGGACAAUGCAAUCUACGACUUCUCGAAGAAAGCUGUGGAGAACGGCCUCGACAUCUUCCGAGUGUUUGACUCAUUGAAUUAUAUUGAGAACGUUAGUGGGACGCUAUUGAAGCUUGGUAUCGAUGCUGCUAAGAAAGCGGGAGGUGUCGUUGAAGCUGCCGUCUGCUACAGCGGUGAUGUCGCAAAUCCGAAGCUUACAAAAUACACGCUGCAGUACUAUCUCGACUUCGUCGACCAGCUCGUCGCCGAAGGCAUCCACAUCCUUAGCAUCAAGGACAUGGCCGGCUUGUUGAAACCCGAGGCAGCGAAGAUUCUGAUCGGUGCUAUCAGGGAGAAGUAUCCUGACCUUCCGAUUCAUGUUCACUCACACGACACGGCUGGUAUAUCCACUGCCAGCAUGCUGGCGGCAGCGGCAGCUGGUGCUGAUGUUAUUGAUGUUGCCAUUGACAGCAUGUCUGGACUCACAUCUCAGCCGCCGAUGGGUGCCAUCUGCUCCGCGUUGGAGCAGACCGGAAUGGGAACGGGCAUUCGUUAUGCGGAUAUCCAGGCCUUGAAUGUAUAUUGGAGUCAAGUUCGCAUGCUCUAUGGCUGCUUCGAAGCCAAUGUCAGGGCGUCCGACUCUAGCGUCUUUGACCACGAAAUGCCGGGAGGUCAAUAUACCAACUUGAUGUUCCAAGCCGCGCAGCUAGGUCUGGGCACUCAAUGGACUGAGGUUAAGAAGAAGUAUAUUGAAGCCAAUGACAUGUGCGGAAAUGUCAUUAAGGUAACGCCGACGUCCAAGGUCGUGGGUGACUUCGCACAGUGGAUGGUAUCGAAUGGCUUCUCGAAACAAGAUGUCCUGGAUCGCGCGGAGCAGCUCGACUUUCCCUCAUCUGUUGUUGAGUUCUUCCAGGGUUAUCUUGGACAGCCUGUUGGUGGCUUCCCCGAGCCUUUGCGUACCAAGAUUAUCAGAGACAAGCCGAGGAUCGAUGGCAGGCCUGGUACGAACAUGGUACCUGUGGACUUUAAAAAGACAAAGGCAGAGCUCCGCAGCAAGUUCGGCAAGCACAUCACUGACGCGGAUGUUACCUCGUAUGUCAUGUACCCGAAGGUCUUUGAGGAGUACCAGAACUUCGUCGAGAAGUAUGGAGAUCUGAGUGUGAUCCCCACACGUUAUUUCCUUGGGCGGCCGGAUAUUGGCGAAGAAAUGCACAUCUCCAUCGAGAAGGGUAAGACUCUGAUUAUUCGCCUGAUGGCAGUCGGUCCUGUCGUCGAGGGCCGUGCUCAGCGCGACGUCUGGUUCGAGGUGAACGGAGAGGUCCGCGCUGUGUCUGUUGAGGACAAGAAUUCUGCUGUUGAGACGGUCUCCCGCGAGAAGGCCACCUCGGAUCCAGGCUCCGUCGGUGCGCCGAUGUCAGGUGUAGUCGUGGAGGUAAGAGUGAAGGAAGGUUCAGAAAUCAAGAAGGGCGACCCUGUUUGCGUGAUGAGCGCCAUGAAGGCAUGUUCACCUGUCUCGGGUCAUAUCAAGCGCGUCGUUGUACACGAAGGCGACUCGAUCAACCAGGGAGACCUCGUCGUGGAGAUUGUACACUGA